AUGCACGCACUGCCCGUUGCACAUCCGGAUCCAGAUUUCGUUGGUGUACGUCAACAGGUCAGCCCGUUCCCUUCUACUCUGGUUCUGGAGAAAAACAAUCCAAGUGAUGCGCAGAAUGCUGGUUUUGGAGAAAAAUCGAGGAAGAAAGAGGAUAUCAUUUCGAAGGUGAGUGGGCAGCGAAACGCAGUAAACGUGCCAGGAUUAGUCCUGAUCGAUGAUUCAGGUGAUGAGAACGAAGAUGAAAAGAAAGAUGAAGAUGUUGAAGUUGAUCACAGAGCGGUUAUGUGGCCAUCGGUUAAAGUUCGUGCGCGUACUAUUCGUCUUGAAUACUCUGUGACAUCACAGCUAUCCAAAGGUCUCGCAGGCGGAUUAGAUUCUUAUAGACAUCUUAUGAUCGGUGGCAGAAGAAAAAAGGAGGAAUUAUGGACGAAACUUUAUAAAAUGAAAAGGUGCGAGGCAUUGAAAGAAAAGGAGCGAAUGGUUGCAGUGCGUUGUGUAAUACCAUGCGAAGAAGGUUUUGAUGCAGAUUCUGGAGUUUCUGGGUCAAAAGCGCCUGAUCAACUGAAGAAUUUAUCUAUGGAAGUGAAAUCUGAUGUUGAUAAGCUACUAGUCUGCAACAAUGUUGUGGGUUACGGUCUAAUGGCAAUACUGUAG